UUCUACAUUGUGCUAGAUGAAGCGAAUGUAGUUUCCCAAAAGCACUAUAGAGCCUUAGAAGAUGACGGCGGACCUUAUCCGCUUUUAAAGGCGAUUCUCCGAAGCUGGCAACUACAUAUGGGUUGCUUCCCGGUUAAAUUCGUUGUCGCGGGUACUGUCAUUCCUCAGGAACAUUUUCAAUCUUCCUCAGGAGAAUGGGAUAAUUUUCUCUGGUGUUCAGAUACAGGAUGUUUCGAUGAUCUAGAAAUCCAUCGACGUUAUGUUUCCCAAUUCUUACCUCCACAAUUUGGAAAGUCAGAUGCUGGUCGGCUUCUUAUGGAUCGAAUGUGGCAUUGGUUACGAGGAAGGCACCGUUACACAGCGUCUUUCCUGACAUUGUUACUAAAUAACAAUUUCGAGAGUCCACAUACGUUAUUG